AUGCCUCGGAGCCGUCGAGGCCAUGGAGCUGCGGAUCCGGCGCCGUCGAGGCCGUGGAGCUGCGGAGCCGGCGCCGUCAACGCCCCCGAGCUGCCGAGGCCACGAAGCCAACGCCGUCAAGGCUUCUGCGGGCCAUCUGCUCGGCUGCUUGCAUUUGGUCUUGCUGUCGCAGAUGUUUCUAAAUUGCUGUUCAACUAUCACAAAAGUAUAAACUUUGGAGAGGAUGAUAGUCCUGAUUCAAUUCCUCAGGAAAAGGCAAAUAGUGAGCAGACACAUGCGAUGGAGUGUACUGGUGAAUUGAAAGGACCUCUUUCCUGCAGCGAUCUUGGGCGGAGAAAAAGGAAACCAUCAAGAUUUGAGAGCUAUGUUUAUGAUGAGGAUGAAGGUGAUUUAGAUGCUUCAAAGGAUGCAGACUUCUGGCUCAAUCCAUGCUGCAAGUCAAAGAAGAUAUCUAUGAAGACGAUUGUCAACUCUGGGCGUACAACUGCUAUCGUAAAUGGGUUAGGUGGCUCACAGGAUACCAAAGCAGCAGUCUCUUGCAACAAAGAAAACACAUGUCUUCCUCUUAUCACCGCAGAACAGUAUGCACGUCGAAAUGCGAUUUUGUCUUCUCUGGUAGUUGCAUGGUCUCCAGUUGUGCCAUCACGCGGCACGACUUCAUAUUUGUUGAGAAAUCGGUGCAUUCUUGCUGUUGGCUCCAAGUCUGGGGACGUUUCAUUUUGGAAAAUAUGCAAGCCCGAGUAUUACACCAUAGAUGUUUGCAUGGUUACCAGAGAUCCAAUACUCAUCGGGGUUCUCAAAGCACAUAAUUCAUGGGUUAGUGCCAUCAGUUGGGAAGUUUCCUUUCCAGACUCUUCAAAGUCCUCACUACUUUUAGCAACUGGAUGUUCGGAUGGCAGUGUGAAGAUAUGGUCCGGUAAUACCGAAGGAUUAAAUCAAUGUACAUAUGUAAAAGAAUUGCCAUUUUCAUUAUUGGUUGAGGUCACUACUAAUUUGUCAGCACCAGUCUCGUCAGUUUCAUUAUCUGUACCAGCUCAGCCUCAACAUGGGGUUAGUUUUAACUUGGCAAUCGGAAGAGUAUCCGGGUCACUGGAGACAUGGAUGUGGGAUCCAUGUAGAAACAAAAUUGAGAAUACCAGUGCAUGUCAUGCACAUGAUCAAGUGGUGACAGGUUUAUCGUGGGGUUUGGAUGGCCAUUGUUUAUACAGCUGCAGCCAGGAUAAUUCUGCACACUGUUGGAUUUUCGAGAAACAGAAACUUGAAGAAAUUCCCGUGCACACAAAUUUUCAGGAGCUAAAAGAGUCAACAGAUCUAUCAGAAGUAUCUGAUCAAUGCUUUGGACUUCCAAUUGCACCAGGACAACUAAUGGUUGCUGUGGUCCGCACUUUGGAUCCAAAUCUGUUAGAUCAGAUGUAUCAAGCCAGGACACAAAAAGCAGUGGUUGAGUUCAUUUGGAUUGGUGGUCAGUUCCUUGGUCUUCCACUAGACAAGGGCAUUUAUAUCUGCAGUCCACAAUCUGGCACUAACUUCUUAUGGUGGGGAUCCAACAUAGUUUGGUCAUUGAAGAAAUAUGAAAAUGGUGAACGAGGACUGAUCUUAUGGGAUAUCAUAGUUGCGCAACAAGUGCUAAAGAAAUCCGCACCGACCUUUCUGGAAACGUUAAUGCAUAAAUGGGUCCCAAGUCUGCUUUCAUAUGAUCAGUGUGAUUCUAUCAUUAUCUCGCAUCGUUCGAGAAAUUACAUGAUAUCCAAGGCCAGCUUGCGGAAGUUACACUUGCUGAAUAUCGUUUGUAGGAAAGUAAUGCUUAGCGACCAUCUGCAGUAUUCUCCUGGUGGAGAAGAGGGUAACAAUGCGGCAACUGAUUUAUGGACCAAUCUUCUAGUGAGUAGCGAAACAGAGCUGCUGGAGAGGCUUUUGGCUUUCACUUUUGCUGCUGUCUUGGGUCGAAUAUCAUAUUUGCGGAAGGGUGUCUCUAAUGACAACCGGUGGUUUCCUGUUGGUAUUGCCCAGAUGGAUUCUUGGGUAUCUAUGAAUAGUGGAGAAGUGCACAAUGAGCUCAAGUCUCUGAAAUCGAGGAUCAAAGACUUAGGAAGCAGGAUCGACUCGGUGUGUGAAUAUUCGGUUGAAGAAACCUGCCCCUACUGCUCUGCGCCAGUGCCCUUCGAGUCACCUGAAGCAGCCUUGUGCGGGAGCGGGGUUCCUGAUACGGUCCCAGCUGAAAGGCACAGGCUGUCGAGGUGCGCAGCGUCGAUGCGCCUAUGCUCCGUCCUGCAACCAGCCUGGCACUGCGCAUGUUGCGGAGGAAUGGUUGAGAAACUGGUGCCGGAGGCCUUCUUCACCAUGACGGCAUCCCCUCUGGAUGCUGACAAUGACAGUGAAUCGCUUUGCUUAUCGUCACCUGCCGUUCCACUUUGCCCCUUCUGCGGCAUAGUGCUGCAGAGGUCGGCACCGGCGUUCCUGCUCUCCGUCUCCCCGUUGUAG